GUGGUCGCAAAACAAGGAAAAAUUUUUAGGCUGAUUGUUUUAGAUAAUACCCAACUUAGUUGGAGCAUCCAAGAGAACUAUGCUGUAGACACCGCUGGAAAAGAAAUAGUGGAUUACUCAUUCAGUCAUUUUGCCAUUCUUUAUGGCUACAAUUUACACCUCGGAAGCGAAAUACAAUGGCUCCAAAACUGUGGGAAUGAGAUAUCUUAACAGAUAUAUCACUGAUCAAGGACAACUUGAAACUACACCACUUGAAGAGUUUAUUGAAGAUCUACUGCCGAAAGACUUUAAAAAGGCGUUUUGUAUUUGAUCGCAGAAGUAAAUUUUCCUUCGUAUUUAUUCAGCAUGGGAAGGAUUCUGAAAGGUGGACAUUGGAAAGUAAACAAGGUGCAACUCACAACAUGGCUCCCAACUGCGUAUUAUUACAUCUUCUUUGGCUCCUUGGGGUCUCUUUUUCCUUUCCUGAACUUGUACUAUCGAGCUGUUGGAAUGGACCCUUGGCAGAUAGGAAUUCUGGGAGGGAUUCGCCCCCUCAUUGCCUUACUUUGUGCUCCUGUUUGGAGCUUUGUGUCUAAUAGGUAUAAGAUAAGAAAACUUGUACUGGUCACUUCGCUUGUCAGUUGGAUUGUGUUCACUAUCCCGCUAAUGUUUGUUUCUCAUUCGUCAGCCAGCGAGCCUUGCUUAAAUCAAGGAAACUACACUGCUCGACUUAGCUCUCAACAUGAAUAUUUCCUGCCCGAUCAGGAAAAAAGGGAAUUCGGUCUACCUGUCGGUCUUUCGCUCGAGAAAGGACAGCUCUCAGUUUAUGAGGAGCAAAACACUCGCUACUUUCAAAAAAACAGUACAACUGGAAAGGCUUUCAAAGGAAAUGCAAAGAAUGAUGCAACGAAAGGAGAAAAAUUGGACCAUUCUCGAUUCCCUUCUUUGAAAAGGCAAUUUUUCAACAGUUUGGAAAGGUCGGGACUGAAAUUUGAGGCUAAAACAGAUAGAAAAGCUGGAAACGGUCAGCGAAAACCGUACGACUUUAAAUCUCGGGGAGCACCAUAUCUUAACAGGAGAAAGAACCCUUACUCCAGUGUGAUAUUCAACGAGAUGCUUUUUAUUGUGUUUGUAGGAGAAAUACUUCAAUCGCCAAUAGAUGAUCUUAACACUCAUUUUGAUGGGACAUUCUUGGAGCAUUUAGGUGUGCUAUACCAAAACGUAGCCAACAACAAUAUCUAUAGUUCAGUUGGUAUUGGACUUGUAGCUUUGAGUACAGGUUUAUUGCUUCAUUUCGCCCCUAAAAUAACAAUCUGUGACAUUGAAUAUGCAAAUUACCAUAUAGCCUUCUUCAUCUUUUCUCUACUUAUGACGGUUGCCAUAGCAAUUUCGCUCAGAUUUGAUUUCUCCUAUAGAAGGUGCCGUCGCAGCUUUGAAAUUCAAGAGUCACUGCGGCUGCUGGUAUCAUCUCAACAUUUUACCUUCGUUUUCAUCGUUUUGAUCAUGGGAAUGCUCCGAGGGGUUCUCUUUAACUUUGUUUACUGGAAUAUAGUGGAUAUAGGAGGCUCGGAUCUCGUUGUGGGCUUCACGGUUGUCAGUCAGUAUUUUUCGGAUGCGAUUAUGACCCUGUCCGCACCGAUUGUCAUGACCUACAUGGGAUAUAUCGGGAUGGUGUACCUUGGCCUUGCAUGCUAUGCCCUGCGAUUCUUGAUCUACUCUUGGCUUAGCACCCCUAACUCCUCAUGGGUUACCCCACCGGUUGAGCUUCUGCAAGGAAUCUCCAAUUCAAUGGCUUGGUCAGCAUUCCUCUUGUACGUCACUAGCUACACUCCAAAAUCGACCUUCCCAACAGGUUUAUUUCUUCUUCAGGGUUUGUAUUUGGGAGUAGGAGGAAGCAUCGGGGGAAUAGCCGGGGGGAUUUUAAUCCAGGGUUUUGAUACUAAAGUGGCCUUUCGCAUCUUGGGACUCGUCAGUAUACUGACGUGUUUGUUAUUUAUGAUGAUUCAGCCGUCUGGAGAGCAAGAGUGUCUUCCUUCAGAAGCUGACACCAUAUUCUUUCUCGCUGACGAAGACGAUUAUUCCAGUAACAACAGUGAGGAUGAAAUCUUUGAUUACAGUCAAAAAGGAGUGGUUUACAUUCCUUCCAAAACGCAAAGCAAAGGAUCAUUGCAAGCAAAGAAAAUGGUGUUGCCUUCCUACAGUUCUCCUUUGGUGCCAAUUUGUAUGUCGCUAGUUAAGAAAGAAAACAAACAACUACAAACUACCUAGGGUCAACUCUGCAGCAACUCACGGCACCAGUGCAUUAGUUAGUUAUCAUUUUUUUUCAAGUUAACGAUUAGCAAGAUGCAAAAUACACGCCUUAUGACUGAACCGUUUCCUAAUAAUUCAAUAGAUAAAUUUAAAGCUGGAUCGAAAAAGUAAAAGAUGGAAAGUGGUCUAUGUAGGGGAGUUUUAAUAUGACAAACCAAUCGGAAACGUUUUUUCGUAACACCAACUUCGUGCUCUAAGAAACUUACGCUUCUUACUGAUACUCGCUUUCGAUGUACUUAGCUUUGUUUCCAAAGGAUCUUGCCAGAUUGAGCCAUAUCAACGAUGCAAGCUUUCUCUUUUUUUGCACAGCAUUAAAUUAGCCGUCCACUGUUUUGUACCGAUUUGUGCUUCAUCAAUACUCGUUUAAGGAAGGUAAGGAUAAAACUUGCUAUUGACUAACAUGAAGUCGGACCCCUCCCUUGCGAUGAGUUAGGCUACAGAGGGAAUGGCCGUGGCAGAGAGUUGGGAUUUCAGCAAAGGAAGCUAGAUGUGUGAUAUAACCCGCGAUUUUUCAGGGAAAGUACAGUCUCUACUCUUGAAAAAUUAUAAUUAUACUGUAAAAAAUAAAUAAUAAAUGAAACAGUAAAAACACUAGGAAUUUAUCUACUUCAUGGUGAGUUCACUACAGUAUAUCUAAUUUUCAGCCUGAAGCAAUUUUACCACACCAAUACGAACUGAAUUACUUUUGAAUACAUGCCACUUUUUUUGUUGGAUACAACGUUCUCUGGGGACAAUUCGGGCCGCACUUCAUAUUGAUGUCGUGACUCAUAGUCAUGACAAACUCACCAUUCAAGGCGUCAUGGAAAUUUACUUCUAAAUGCUAUAUUAUAUAAUCACACCUUUUUGAUUUCAUCAGGACAUCGGCCACUUUUAAAGAAAAUGUAAAGGGUAUGCACGAAACGUUGUUGUAUUUCACAUUAAAUUUGUACGUCGUUAGACUGGCUUAAAUUUCAAUGCACUUCGUUUGCACGGUUUCUUAACUUACUGAAAAGGGUCACCAUAACUUAGUGCAGAAUUAUCGGAGCUAUUUAAUUAACAAAGGGCAAUGACCUCCUGCUUUUAAAACCGAUCAAAACGGAUAAAGAAAGCCGGGAUUUUGUUGAAUCGUUGCUAUUAACUGUCUUCCUUAAUUGUGUAACUUUGUCUCUGCGGACCGGCCCGGCUGAUAUUGAUGCUCAAUUCCGUUAUACGUAUGAAUAUGCUAAGAACAAUACUAUAAAGUUACGUAAGUUAUCUUUAUAUCUACAGUACAGCAAGUAACAGUCUAAUCUUAGCUCCCGUGACGAAAAGUUCAGGUUAGAUUCAGUUUUCACUGAUGAGCAACGCUGACACAAAACGGGCUGAAGUUCAAAUUACUGGACAUCGGUAUAUAAUUGGAGAUUUCACUUUUCAGUGAACCUCGUUUGGGGAUCUAAGAGAGAAGAAUCAAGUUUUCAUCUUUCUGUUUAUCAUCAUUGCUUUGUCAUGGGCUGUCUUUUAAGUCAAGAGCAAAACAAAUUUCAUUACCGGCGAGGAUUUUCUUUUCAACUUAAUCACGCAAGAAGAAAGUUUCCCACAAGAAAUACAAAUCGACCAUUUUCAAUGUUGGCCAUGAAAAAACUAUCCCUCAGGUUACGAGACUGGCCCUCAAGUGAACCGGUGAUUAGAACCUCUGCAACUGACAGGGAAAGGCUUUGGCGAGAAUGGCGUCCAGGCAAGCUAGUGUGUCAGUAGUUCUUGAAAAAAAAAAUUAUUUAGCUAAUAAGUUUGGUCAAAACUGGGUUUCGUUGGAUUGUUCAUUAACUAUAUAAGACACGAUCUUUUGUUUUCAUCAAUAUUUACAAAAUAUCCCUGCGAUAUUUUAUUGUUAGGAGCUUUUCCUGAAGGACCUGUAGAUUAUUUAGGUAACUCGUUGCCAUGGUCGCACCAUGUUAUUGCAAUAUUGGAUACUGACUUAGGAUCGUUGAACCGUAGUCAUUCAAUUAAAUCGCACAAAAUGACUGAGUGUAUAUAUUGUGAACAAAUUACCCGAAACAUUUUACGAAAAUUGCCUUUGCGAACAUGAAACGGUACAGAUGUUAUAACAUUUUAAUUCCUUCAAGCUGCGGCAAAUAAGACUCGUAGCUAGAAUCGGAACACUUCUCCUAAAGUGUAUUCUCAAAGAGCACCGAAGCACGUCGCGCCAAUAUGUCGUGAUUGUGGUAAUUCAAGAGCAUCGUGUUAAGAUCAUUUGAUCGCAAGCAGAGAUCAGAAACAUUGGAAAAAGAUAUAAGUUCAUUACUAUCAUCCCAAAACUUCAUAUUUUCAAAAGAUGCGAAUUAAUCAAAGUAGCGGACGAUAACUUCUUUAAAGACCUUUUAAUUUUGGGCGGGACAAUGCUCCAUUAAAAAAUUAUUCUAUGACAGUGAUUGUGUUAAUAGCUGGUUAAACUCUCAAGAACAAUUUGGACAGUAAAUUGAGUGUAAUAUAAUCACAAUAACCAAAUAAGAAGAUGGUUCGCCUUCGAUUUAGCCCUGCACGAUCCCGAGUAAUGGCGAACAGACGAGUAAUCUUAGCCAAAAAAAACUUUUUGUAAUGUAUUUUUGGCUAAAAAUAACAAUGGAGAAUGAGUUUUUUUUUUUUCACAUAUUACACUCACAUAAAAGAAAUAACGAAAUUUACGAAAAUUCGCCCCAUCUGGGAUCGAACCUGCUAUGUGAUUCGUACCAAUAACGCCAGUGAGUGCUCCAGUAGACAUGCUUAGUGUCCUGGGCUCCAUGAUCAUAGAUCAGGGGAUUGGUGAAAAGGUUUCUGAAAACAUUCAUGAGAACAUUGGUGACCCAGGGUCUAUGAGAGCGCUUUUAAUUAAACUUUUAGAAGAGAAAGCAUCGGAUUAACACAUAAUUUACCCCAAAAUCCUCCCAUUCUCCUAUAAGAUUCAAAUACUGACAACAGCUUUAUACGACCUGAAGUACGUGUAACUAUUAAUAGACGACCAGCAGGAAAUAUAACUAACGUAGAACUUGAUUUAGUCUUAUUAACACAAAGUCAUACAGCCUGUGGAAUCUUGAAUUGCUGUG